CCAGUCCCGCAAGCCCCAAGCCAGCUGCCAGCACAAAUCAUCAUGGAAUCCCGAGGAAAGUCAGCCAGCAGCCCCAAGCCAGACUCCAAGAUGCCUCAGGCCACAGCUGAGGCCAAGGCCACUCCAGCUGCUGAUGGGAAAGCCCCCUCGACCAAGGCUGUGAAGAAGGACACCCAAACAGAGAAGCAGGAGCAACCAGCAGCCCCUGGGCCAGCAGCUGCCAAGAAGACAGCGGGCAAGGCAGACCCUGUUCUUCUCAACAAUCACAGCAAUCUGAAGCCAACCCCUACAGUGCCUGCAGCCCCCAGCAGUCCUGACGCAACCUCAGAGCCGAAGGGUCCUGGGGAUGGGGCAGAGGAGGAUGAGUCCAACACUGGAGCUCGAGGUCCCUGGCCUUGUGAGAACUUGACCCCUUUGUUAGUGGCUGGGGGUGUGGCCGUGGCCACGAUGGCCCUAAUUCUUGGUGUAGUCUUCCUAGCCCGGAAAAAAUGA